AUGCCAACCACUCGAGGACACUUUCGAUUGGCAGAGCUCCCGUUCCUAAUCUGGGAGUUUACCGAGAAUGACUUCAUCACGUUUGCUAUUCCAAACACUGGGUUCGGGCUUUUGGCUGCAUAUGUUAGUCCCACUUUGACAACCUGCACUAAAAGCGCGGGCGCCUUGGCCAUCGUUCUCCGAGCCGCUCCACUAGUACUGCUGUGGAAUUGGGUCAAUCUCAUCGCCUUUGAUGUCGCCAACCAGCGCCUCCCAGAGUCCGUGAAGGAGGAUUCAAUCAACAAACCAUGGCGUCCGCUUCCUCAAGGGCGCAUGAGCCUUUCUCAGGCGAGGCAGUUACUUCUUUGGACUGUACCUGUUGCCUUGGUGCUUGGCAUAGUCCUUCAAGCGGGCUGGGAAACCGCGCUGAUCUUACUCCUGACGUGGAUGUAUAAUGAUCUACAUGGAGGGGAUGCCCUGACUCGCGACUUUAUUAUCGCUGUUGCUUACGACGCAUUCCUGGCCGGUUCUUUACGUAUUGCGCUUAGUGCGGCGACGGGGUGUACAAAUGUCGAACUCUCCACGACCGGAUAUCGCUGGCUUGGGAUAAUUGGUGGCAUAAUUCUGACAACUAUGCAGAUCCAGGAUCUUCGAGACCAGGCUGGAGAUCGAACCCGGGGGCGGCAAACAUGGCCCCUUGUGCUGGGCGACUCUUUCUCACGCAUAUGGAUUUCUGCAUGUGUUGUGUUUUGGAGUAUUUUUUGUGUUCUAUUUUGGGCUGUGCCUUACCUGGUAUCAGCUGGAGUCCUAUCUUUGGGGGCAUGGAUUGGUGUAAGCGUCAUGUGGAAGAAAGAGGAUGUAUCGGCUUGGAAGUGGUGGUGUCUCUGGCAGCUCGUUCUGUAUUCGCUACCCGUGUGGAGCUACUGCAUUGGAGCCUGA